AUGGCUAUCACACAACUUGGUAAAUGUGUGAACUUAAAAUCUUUAAACCUUAAACGGGCUCAUUCAGCGGGCUUUCUGUACCGGUCCUUGGGCUUCCCCCCGGCCACGGGCCUGGAGGCCGACAAGGUGGGGGUGCUGCUGCUGGAGCGGCUCUACAAGACGGACCACAGCGACGACUUCGACCGGGAGGGCUUUCUGUACCGGGCCUUGGGCUUCCCCCCGGCCACGGGCCUGGAGGCCGGCAAGGUGGGGGUGCUGCUGCUGGAGUGGCUCUACAAGACGGACCACAGCGACUACUUUGACCAGGAGAUGGAGGGCUACGUGAGGGCAGAGGUGGCCAGCGACACCCUGGUGGCCCUGUCCCGAAACCACUUCAGCUUGGUCAUGUACGAGCUGCAGCACCAUCUCAAACCCCUCAACCUCACGGAAGAAUCUGUCAUCGUCACCCUGGCCAAGCUGGCCAACGGCAACGCCCGCUCCUACCCCAAGGAGCUGAUGCAGUUCUUCCUCAGUCAGAUGGAGAUGAGCAAGGAGGCCGUCCGCGUGGGGACCCUGGCCCUGAUCGGGGCAGUGGUACUGAUGUCGUCCCCCUACAAGAGGGAGGGCUGCAGAAUCGCCAUGCUUAACCUUCUGAAGACCCUGAGCCAGAGCAUCGACCCCUCCACGGCCGACAUGAAGGAGCUGAAGAUCCUGAUGCUGGUCAAGUACCUGGAGGAACACACCGAGUUUACCUGGAACCAAAAGUCGUGGGAGGACAAGCUGAUUCAGUUUCUGAGAAACUCCCUCAAGAUGACUUAG